AAUAAAAAAGACCUCUGGACUGUAGUCAACAAUUUAGGAUUUCCAGCUGUCUAGCCAUUACACAGUUCAGCAGUUAUAAUUCAACAGUUCCGCAGUACUGGUACGGUCAGCAUCCAAUACACGCAUCAGUAAAUGAAAUUGGCUAACUUGAUUUGAAGACUGUUAUUAUUUACAUGAAACUAAUUUGACUUAUUUCAGUUUAAAUAUAUUGAAUUACAAAACAUGCAAUAUGUCACAAUUUGGAAACGUUCCAAAUUGUGAGCAGGGGCUGCGAGAGGAGAAUCAAUAACGGAUACAUUCGCCGCCGAAUCAAGAACAAAUGAAGUAGUGGAUUAUAUCAGUAUAUUGCCUUUUGUAAAUAGACUCGUGAACUUUUUUUUAUAAUUUUUGUCCCUAAUUUUUCCACAAAAUGGAGACUGAAGAAGAACAUGGACCUCCAAGUAAUCAAAGCAAUCAAAGUAAACAUUCUCAUUCAAGUAGCAAUGCCUCAAACCAUCUAAUGGGUUUCCAGGAAAGAGCAUUAUCAUUUGAAGAUUUUCCAGAGACUCUUCAGCUCAACCCUAUUCAGUUUGCAAAGUGUGGAUUUAUUUAUAACAAUAUAUCGAAAGAUCUAACAUGUACUGGUUGCAACAAGCUGGCAAAUAUCAACACAUUAAAUGCAACGGACAAUCCUAGUGAUCCACAGUUCCACAUGGAAGGUUGUCAAUUUGUGAAGCAAGACUCCAGACCGACAUCGGCAGGUGCUAAAGCAUCUGUGCAUAGCAAUGAAGAAUUAACAAAACCCUAUGAAGUUGCAUCAACCAGUGGUUUACAAGGUCAGACUUAUCUCUACAACCCGCCGAUGUCUCCUCAAUCUUAUCAUCCUAUGCAUGCAAGUAGACAGCCUGUGCAACAGGGCACUCAAGCUGCAAGUAUGCCUGUGACACCAUCAAGGAGAAUGGAACAGGUCACUAGAGUUCAUAGGAGAGAUGAAGGAGGGGGAAGUACUACUAGUGUUCACCAUGUUAUAAGACAGGAAUCUCAUCCAACAAGCCCUGUACCCAGUGGUACGUUUUCAUCAAGUUCUGGAGAAAGAACACCACGGCACUCACAACAGCCAUUUCAUUUUCAAUCAAAUCCACCUUCAAUUCAUUCUUCAAUUCAAGAAUCUUCGAAUGUCCAUCGUCCGGCAGCAUCAAGAAGGCUGUAUGAGCCCCAACCUGCAUCUUUUGACCCGCACUCUUCCUUACAAUUUCAUUCAUCAAGCACUGAAAAUCCGGGUUUGGAACAAAUCUUGAACUAUGACAUGAGAGUUGCUCAAAAUAGAUUAUUGACGUUUCAAAGAUUCUGGGCGGAAGAAAAUGAAUUUCGAAACGUUCGUCUUCUCGUCAUGUGUGGUUUCUUCUGCCUGGGCCAAGGAGAUGCUGUGGAAUGUUUCUGCUGCCACGUUAUUGUUGCUAACUGGUCACGAAAUGACAAUCCGAGGCGAAGACAUUUGGAACUGACAACUAUUCAUUGCAGAUUCAUUGAAGGGGAGGAAUGUGGAGAGACACCUUUACCGAUUGAAGUUCGAAGUCCAAGAUCAACGCCUGCUCAUAGCUUAGUUAUACCAUCAUUGCAAAGCUACCAGUCGAGCCAAUUCAGUCAAAGCCCCCAUGGAUCUCCACAUCACAGUAUACAUAGUUUGAGCCCGGUUGCACAUCCAUCACUGGAAGUAGCUGGACCUGUAUCUGCUCCCCCAACCCCUGCUCAUGGGUCACAUAGAGUCCGCAAUUUUUCAAAUUCUGCGUCACUGCAACCUGUCUCACCUGUCCAUCCAUACUCUCAUGCCCCCUCCUCUUCCCGUGCACCAAAUGAAGCUCGCAGAUAUUCAAGUUCUGCGUCACUGCAGCCUAUAUCCCCUGUUCAUCCAAACUACCCUGUUCAAGUCCCUUCCACUUCUCGGGCACCAUAUGAAGCUGGCAGAUAUUCAAGUUUUGCAUCAUUGCCGGUGCAACCUGUAUCACCUGUGCAUCCAAACUCCCCUGCUCGUGCUCUCUCACCUGCUCAUGCCCCAGUUCGAGCCCCCUCUCCUGCUCGUUCAUCUUCUACAGUGAGGGAACCUUAUAGUCAUCCAUCACCUGCUCUUGUUGAAAGAUCUAACCUAAUGUUGGGAUUUCCCUGCGAGAAUCCGAACAACCCAAGAAUGCGUGAAGAGCAUGCAAGACUUCAAACAUUCACAACCAACCCCAACUUCAGAAGAAAUACUCGAUUGAGAGCAAGUGAUAGAACAUUGGCUCAGGCUGGAUUGUACUAUUUGGGUGAGGGUGACAAAUGCAAAUGCUGGGUUUGUGGCGGAGGAUUAAAUAAUUUUACGGAAGAGGACGACCCGUGGACCGAGCAUGCUAAAUUUUAUCCUGAGUGUGAAUUUCUCUUGCAACAACGGGGGCCAGGGUGGGUGACAUCAAUUUCAGUACAAAACCCCAACGUUCAGCGUCCGAAUUUACCCGUUCGUAAUCAACAAAAUUUGCCCAAUGUAGUUUCUUCACCCUACCCAUUGCCCCCCGAACCCCAUAUAGAUGACCCCGUUGAAAUUCAUCGAAUGAGAGAGGAAAUGUUGCAAGCAGGAAUGCUGUCUGCACCGGUUCAAGCCGCCCGCGCAAUGGGAUUCAGUGAUGAGAGAAUUAAAGAUAAGCAGAGAAAACACAUUGUUGAACAAGGCUGUUGUUACCAGUCUAGUGAACCACUGAUUGACGCGUUGAUUGGCGACCGUCAAGCCGCGGAUGCUGCUGGAAGUUCAGGAGGAGCCGUUGGCGGAGGAGAUAAUGUGAUACACAUGGAUGGGCAAACAAUACGCUUCAUUGGGCCGAGUUAUAUCAACGGCCAACUUCAUUUACCGAACAAUAACCCAAACCAAUAUUCAACAACAACUACAUACACAUCAAACCCAGAUAACUUGAUGAUUAACGGACAAUCGUUAGAUGAAAUCAUGCAUAAUGCUUUUGACCAUCCAUUCUUCCGAGGUGAGAUGGAUCAUUUGAUAAAUAACGCACCAGUAGUGAAUAUACCUGCACCUGCUGCACCACAGCCCCAUGUGGUCUUCAAUAACAUAGGAAGAAAUAUAUCAGCACGUUCCAGAUCUCCGCGUUCCCCUGCUCCUGCGCCAGCCGCUGCUGCGGGAAGGGCCCCAGCUAAUGUGGCUAAUACGACUAGAAGUGCUCCUACUAACACAACUAGAAAUGCUUCUACCGCUAGUCCUGCUACAUCUUCUACCGCUGCUUCUGCUACAUCAACAACUUCGCAAGGAGCAACUGCAGCGACAACACCGGGAUCUGCUGAAGAAAGGCUACAAGCGCUUGAAAGAGAGAAAAGAUGUAAAAUAUGUUUGACAGAGGAUGCUCAAAUGUUGUUUCAACCUUGUGGUCACAUCUGCGCUUGUUUUGGUUGCGCUGAGAGACUACAAGCAUGUCCUGUGUGUAGGAGUGUGAUCGAGAGAGCGAUUCGAACGUAUCGACCAUGAAAAACCCCAAAAUGAGGCUUAAAAUUGAAGUCAACAGAUUCGGCCAGAAGUCUUGCCAAAAUUGUUUCAAUUUCGAAAGAGCUGAGAGGAAAAAUUAUGUGGAACAGUGCUCUAUGGAAAGUUUCGGAACUUGCGUUUCAUAGUUUUUCAUUUAUAUAUUAUUAGGUUCCAUCAAGAUUUACUUGAAAUUAUUUAUUUGCAUGAAGUAGUGUCUGAAACAUAUCGAAAAGGCCAUCCAAUGAAUUAUAUGACUUUAAAAACUGUGUUGCGUACUAUUGAAAAUGUUCCAACAAUUGAAAUUUAAUUAGAUUCGUUUAGCGAGAGGUCAACCUUAUCCAGGUACUAUAACUUGUCGUCUACCGCUGCAUUUUUUAUCUCAAUUUCCAUCACUUAUUUAUAUAUAUUCAAUUAAGCGAUAAUCACUAAAUUUGUCCUACUCUUAAGACUGCACCUUGGUAGACAGACAAUAUCUUGCGAAAAAAGCACAGUAUAGUAGCAUAAAGUAAUAUUUCUAAUUAUCAACUUUUUAACCUUUUUUAUUCUGAAGUAUCCAGUAAAAUAUUUAUGAUUUUUUUUUAUUAAACUGAGGAAACUAUCAAGAUGUGAU